ACGCAUCCUAUUCUCUUACAUUUUUGCAUCACAUUCGUUUCCUUGAAUCUCUCUGCUAGAGAGAGAAAGAGAGUAAUAGAGAGAGAAUGUUCCAUGCUAAGAAACCCUCAAGUAUGAAUGGUUCAUAUGAGAACAGAGCUAUGUGCGUUCAAGGCGAUUCAGGCCUUGUCCUCACCACCGACCCUAAACCGCGUUUGCGUUGGACCGUCGAACUCCACGAUCGUUUCGUCGACGCCGUCGCUCAGCUCGGCGGCCCCGACAAAGCCACUCCAAAGACGAUCAUGAGAGUUAUGGGCGUGAAGGGCCUUACUCUUUACCACUUAAAGAGUCAUCUUCAGAAAUUCAGGCUUGGAAAGCAGCCUCACAAGGAGUAUGGAGAUCAUUCCACAAAGGAAGGUUCAAGAGCGUCUGUCAUGGAUAUUCAGCGCAACGUAGCAUCUUCUUCUGGCAUGAUCAGUCGCAACAUGAAUGAGAUGCAAAUGGAAGUGCAGAGAAGGUUGCACGAACAGCUAGAGGUGCAGAGACAUUUGCAGCUGAGGAUUGAAGCACAAGGAAAGUACAUGCAAUCUAUAUUGGAGAGAGCUUGCCAAACCCUAGCCGGUGAGAACAUGGCAGCCGCCGCCGCCGGAGGAGGAGGAGGGUACAUGGGAAAUUUGGGAAGUUCGAGUCUUUCCGCAGCUGUGGGUCCAUCUCCUCAUCCUCUUAGUUUCCCGCCGUUUCAGGACCUAAACAUCUAUGGAAACACGACCGAACAAGUCCUCGACCAUCAUAACUUCCAUCACCAGAACAUAGAGAACCAUUACACGGGCAACAAUGCUGCAGACACCAACAUUUACUUGGGAAAGAAGCGACCAAACCCUAGUUCUGGUAACGAUGUAAGGAAAGCACUUUUAAUGUGGUCUGAUCAAGAUCAAGAUCUUUCCGGCCACCAACCGUUCGAUGAUGAGCAUCGGAUUCAGAUACAAAUGGCUACACAUGUCUCCACGGAUUUGGAUUCUCUAUCAGAAAAUAACUGUGGGGAGUUACUGGAAAGGCUAUCGCCUCGAAAAUCACCAUUGAGUCCUAUGUUAAUACAAGGAAUGAACUCACCAUUUGGGUGAUACAAAAGUUUUAUUUCUAGGUGACGCGUGAGCGAGACUUUAGAGGUCAAGUUCCCAUUCCCUAUAGAACAUGUCAUUUUAUUUCAAUUUUUAGUAACUUACCGGCCUAAAUAUUAAUUUACUGGGCUUUUUACAGU